CUUUUAUUUUGUUCCCGUGAUCAAAUUGUGGAAAUUCAAAAAUAAUUACAAUGGCAAUGGCCAAAGUGGAAAUUGACGUUGAUGACAUGCAUGAAAAUUCACUUGAUAACAGUGCAGAUAUUGAAUAUUUGGGCAUGGUAGAUGAAGGAUCUUUUGGGAGUAGUGAAGAGAAGUCCCAACUAGUAUCUCAACCUUACUUGGAGCCCCACGACGGUAAUACUACGUAUAGUUUCAAAGAUAUAUCUGGUGCAGUCAAGUACAAAUUAAUAACUAUGACAGGUGAAGAAGCUGGUAUCAACAUCACUCAUUCACCAUCUCCUGAUGCCGAAUAUUUUGUAAUUAGUAAUCCUGUAGAAGUUUUUGGUACUACAACUACACCAAAGAAGAAUACACGCAGAGAUGCUCUACAGACUAAAGCAGUUACAGCCAAAAAGCGUGAUGACAAAAGGCGAGCAACCCACAAUGAGGUAGAAAGACGUCGUCGAGACAAAAUCAACAGCUGGAUCUCUAAACUGGCCAACUUAGUUCCUAAUUCUGGUCUACCAGACUCUGCAAGUAAAGGGGGAAUAUUAGCUAAAGCAUGUGACCAUAUUACAGACUUAACUGAGAAACAAAAGAGAUUAGAAAAACUGGAAGUUGAGAAUGAAAAACUUGUACUAGAAAUAUUGAGACUUAACCAAGAGCUGACUGAAGUGCGCAAAGAAAACAGCUCAAUGCGCAACCAACUUGCGGAUAACUGCAUAGUGCUAUCACACAGGCCUAAGGGUCAGAAAUCUUAGUUCAAAGUGAAGUGAUGGACUCGAUGACUGACUAAACCAAGGUGCUGAAUGCUGUGUGAAGUGACAACUGAAUGAUUUAAGCUAAGUACACAUUGGAAUCAAUACUGUCACUUUGGCAGGCUGUAUUAGUUCUCUAUGGUGAUAUUCAAGCUCUUUUAAUCUAAAAUCUGUUACUGG